ACUGUAUAUAUUUAGUGUUGUUCUUCGUCAUGCGCACAUUUACGAUUGCAGGGUAAUCACAAUAAUCGGUCACAUCAGCACUUCUACCGAUAAGCCACACGCCAACAGUAUAGUUUUGAUCAUCUUAUCAUACUACAGUUGGAUACUUGUGUUGAUCAUCUUAUCAUACUACAGUUGGAUACUUCAUAUAAACAUCCGGUGUACGCUACUCUAACGAUCAAAUCCCAGCAACCACAAGUCUCUGAACUAAAGAUUCACUGUUCUUGCCCAUUUCUGCUGUGUAACUUGUAGUUACCGGUUGCAGCGUUCUAUAUAACUUAACACCUAGUAUCCAAUUCGAUGGUGUCAACGGUUUGCUCAGAUGUCAAUGCAGGAGAUUUGGUUGCCCUGCUGGGUGCACGUGAUGUGAAAGCUACAUUGGAUUCUAGUUUCGGUGGUGUCGAUGGCCUCGUAAAAGCACUCCAUGCCGAUACCGAAAAUGGGCUCUCUGCAGAGGAUGACGAGGAUAUCAAAGGCCGAGCUGAUGAUUUCGGUGACAAUCGGGUGCCUUCCCCGCCGCAGCGCUCUUUGCUGUUGCUGAUGUGGGAUGCCUUGCAUGACGUGACGUUGGUGAUUUUGCUUGUUGCCGGUGUCAUAUCUCUGAUUAUAGGGCUGACUGUUGAAGAGGACAAGAGCAUUGCGUGGAUUGAAGGCGCGUCCAUUUUGGGCGUAGUGGCGAUUGUGGUACUUGUCGAUAGCAUAAACAACUACCAGAAGGAGAAACAGUUUCGCGAGUUGAACAACGUGAAGGAGGACGAGAAAGUAAACGUCUUACGCAGUGGUAAUGUUUGCCAGAUAUCUAAGUUUGACGUAGUGGUUGGAGAUAUUAUCUGUCUGGAACAGGGCGCUGAGGUGGUUGCGGAUGGUAUCAUCAUCGAUGCCCACUCACUUCUCAUCAACGAAAGCUCGCUCACUGGAGAGGCUGACGAUGUUGCAAAGAUCCCUGACUCGGCAAGCAUGUUAGUGCUCAGUAGCACUUUAGUCAUGGACGGAGUGGGCCGUAUGCUGGUGCUGGCGGUGGGUGAGAAUUCGCAGGCGGGUAUCAUUAAAAUGCUUUGCACCGGAAUGAAACGCACCCACGUGCUACCAGCGACUUCCAUUGGAGAUGACGCCGCACCGCCUGUGCUCACUGAGAAGGGCGAGGCACUGAAGGACAAAGUAUUGGGCUCAGAAACUGUAGCACAAGUAGCAACCAUCGAUGUCGAUGGAUAUCAAUCCAAUGAUGUGCUGCAAAACGUACCCGGAAGUGAUAAUAAGAAUUCAAAGCUAGUUGCGAAGGCCAGUGGUACCGUUGAUAAUGGUGACGAGUACGAGAAAGAGGAGGUGGUGGUAAGCCAAGAUGGGCAGACUGCGCUGGAAACGAAGCUAGAGCGUCUAGCCAUUCUCAUCGGUUAUGUUGGUUUGGCUGUCGGUACACUCACUUUCGUCGUAUUAUCUGUGCGAUUCUGCAUCGAGGAGUACCCCAAUCGCGGAUGGGAGAAGGACGACUUUUCCGAGUUCUUGGACUUCUUUAUCAUUGGUAUCACCGUGUUGGUGGUUGCUAUUCCCGAGGGGUUACCACUAGCCGUCACAUUGGCUUUGGCUUUCAGUAUGAAGCGCAUGUUGAAGGAGAACAAUCUGGUGCGCCAUCUGCAUGCUUGCGAAACAAUGGGCAGUGCUACGGUCAUCUGCAGUGACAAGACCGGAACGCUCACAACGAACUCUAUGACGGUGGUCAAGGCUAAUAUAUGUCAAACUGAGCUGAAACAGAAGGAGUCCUGCCAAUCAAAGGGCAUCUCUGCCGAGGCCACCCAAAUCCUCCUGAAGGGUAUUGCGGUCAAUACCACAGCUGAAGUGCAGGCGCCCGAGUCCGGUGUGGGUCCCACCGAGUAUGUAGGUAACAAGACGGAGUGUGCUCUGCUGGACCUAGUGUGUGCGCAUGAGGGGAGUGACUAUCGUGAGGAGCGAUCCAAGGCCGAAGUACUGCGCUUGUGCCCUUUCUCCUCGGAGAGAAAGUGCAUGUCUGUCGCCAUCCAACUGGAGGGUGAGCCUGACACCAGUCGCGUGUACUGUAAGGGGGCGAGUGAGAUUGUGUAUGGCCGGUGCACUAAGCAGCUGACGAAGGACGGGUGCGUUGUGGAUAUCACUGCGGCUGACCGUGCUAUGAUGGAUAAGAUGAUCACGACAUGGGCGAGUGAAGCCCUGCGCACCCUGUGUUUGUCGUACAAGGACGUCUCAGCGAGUCUGGCGGCGGAUCCGGAGACCACCCCAGUGCAGCUGGAAACUGAUUUGAUCUGCAUUGGAAUCGUUGGUAUUGAAGACCCAAUCCGACCCGAAGUACCGGAUGCUAUCGCUAUCUGCAAACGAGCGGGUGUGGACGUGAAGAUGGUCACCGGUGACAAUGUGUCUACUGCCCGAGCUAUCGCCAAGCAGUGUGGUAUCUUGACGGAUUCCCCUGAUGAGCUAGUUAUGGAAGGAAGAGACUUCCGAUCACAAAUCCUCAAUGCGAAUGGGAGUAUCAAGCAAGAUGUGUUCGACACGCUAUGGCCCCGAGUGAAGGUACUCGCACGUUCAUCUCCCGAGGACAAGUACAACAUGGUCAGAGGUCUGAAGGCCACUGAGGUAGUACCACAGGUCGUAGCUGUUACUGGUGACGGCACCAACGAUGCACCUGCACUCAGACAGGCGGACAUAGGGUUUGCGAUGGGUAUUCAGGGCACUUCUGUGGCCAAGAGUGCCUCAGAUAUUAUCAUCCUGGACGACAACUUCAACUCCAUCAUCUCUGCGCUCAAGUGGGGCCGUAAUGUGUACGACUCGAUCUCCAAGUUUGUGCAGUUCCAGCUUACUGUGAAUGUAGUCGCCCUGGUCGUGGCUUUUACAGGCGCGUGCAUUGUGCAGGAGUCCCCCCUCUCCGCAGUGCAGCUGCUGUGGGUCAACCUCAUCAUGGACACGCUGGCGUCGCUGGCUCUGGCGACUGAACCCCCCACGGAUGCGCUACUACUGCAGAAACCACACAGUCGCACUAAGGCGCUGAUUAGUCGAGGCAUGUGGCAGUUCAUCUUUGGCCACUCACUGUAUCAACUGGUCGUGACGUUCUUUGUGUUGUUCGCGGGUCCCAGUGUCUUCGGUUAUGCCAAGGGAGAGACAUUCGACGGGGAGCCCAACGAACACUACACCAUGGUGUUCAACGUAUUCGUGUGGUGUCAGCUGUUCAAUGAGGUCAACGCGCGGAAGCUGCAUGGAAGUAUCCGGGUGCUCGAUGGAAUCCUCAACAACAAGGUAUACAUCGUCGUCAUGAUCGUGCAAUGUAUCUUGCAAGUGUUGAUUGUGACGUAUGGUGGUCGAGCGUUCGGGGUUGUUGCCUUGCCCAUUGAGUUAUGGGGUUACUGUAUGCUGCUUGGUUUUGGGGAGAUGCCUUGGAACGUGGUUGUGCGCAAGUGCCCCAAGUUGCUCCCAGAGAGCUGGAGAACACAUCUGAAGAAGCCUUUACCGAGACCCUUCUUCUUGAAAUCAAAGUCAAAAUCCGGUGGGGCCAAGGAUUUCCGCGAGGAACAAGACGACGCUGAGGGUGAUAUUAGGUUGAUUUCUACGUCGCCGAAUAAGAUGGAUGAAUUGUUCCCUCAGAAUCGACACAUGAGCAUGUACGAGUCCGCUCUGCUGGUGAUUCUGUCCAAUACGAAACAGCCCAAGGUGCGUUUGCAGACGGCCAUAUGUCUGGUACAAGAGCGCCGGCGUGCAAUGUCAGAGAACAGUGUGCCCAGUGACGAUGAUGGGCUAACUCCAACGACUGUGUGAAGUAUUACUAUAUUACUAUUUUAAACUCAGUACAUCCAGUUUUUGAGAACCAAUACUAGCAGAUAAAACGGCCUUUGGAGUGCUGUGCUGUGUAGAGUAUGCUGGGAUUUUGCUGGCGAUUCCUUAUGUACAAACCAGUACACACACAUACAAUACAAACCUACAACCCGAUACUCUUUAAUGGUUGGCGGCACGGACAAUAGAAGCGCUCAUAUCUGUGCUGACGCAGUCACACUACCAUUGCGGAUAUCAAAGCAGAACCAAAGUUAUAGUGCGCCCAUACUUGCGCAAAUCAGACGAUUUAAUUGUGAAUAAAAUAUGUACAUAGCACCCACUUGCAAGUAACUUCUAUUUGAUGUCGCAUUUACUUACAGCGCGAGGAUUCUUGAGUUCUCUGCGUAGUUCUCUGCUGCAUAUUAUAGUUGUCACUUGUCGGCGCUAAACACAUCGUUAGCGGUUAAUUAUAUUUUUGGUUUUUUAGCAUAGUCGUCUGUUGCAUAUAUUAGUUGUCACUUGUCAGCGUUAAACAUGACACAUCGUUAGAAGUUAUUAUAAUCCAGCUACCUCAACCAGGCCGCAAAGAUUACCAUAGUGUUUGUAUAUGAAAUUAUUUUCAUGUCACAUGUGUGAAAUUGUUUUGAAUUUCGCGAUAUGCCGUUGGUGGGCGCUGAGAGUACCGAUAUUUAUGACAGUACUGAAUGUUCAUGACUCAACUAGCCAAUCACGUACAUAUACAUACACGCAC